AUGGUGGAGCUGGGCUUUGAAUCGCUGGCCGCGGCCCGGGAAUGGCACGCGCUCAUCCAGGCGCAGCUGCAGGCGCAGGCGGCGGGGCAGCGCAACGGCACCGGCGACGGCGGCGAAGCGGUCGGCAACGGCGGCGCGCGCGAGGGGCCCUGGCGGGGGAUGGUGAGCCCUGAGGGCGACGACGCUGUCAGCGCUGUCGCGAGCCCCGACUCGUCCCUGCCGCUGCGGGUGCGGCCGCUGGCGGCGCUGGCGGCGCUGGCGGCGGCGGGGGCGGUCGCGGUCACGCGCGGUUUCUGA